AGGUGAACCGGAAGUGACGUUCUGCAGCGAAAGUAAAAUGGCGACUUAGAAAAUACUACGCACGGGAUACUAAAAACAAUUCAAGAGCUUACAUUUUAAGUUGUUAUUUCUUAUUUUUUCUGUUUGUUGGAAGAAAGGAAUUGUCGAAUACGUGUUUUUCUUUCAUCUGAGAAGUAGUUUAAUCUUUUAUCUUCAGGUUUUGGAUGAAAAAUGUCUUUACUCAGCAGCUUCACUUGGUAGAACGAAUCAACACAGUUAAACGCGCUGUGUUUAAUUCUAUUCUGAACAGUUUACUUAUCUAAACGAUUAAACUCAACGUUUAAUCAACAUGGAUCAAGGGGCAAACGUGACGAAUGAAGAAACUAAUACAAACUCUGAGGGCAUCGUGGGUCUGGAUGAGCCCAAGAAGAUGACCCGAGAAGACUGGAGAAAGAAAAAGGAACUGGAGGAGCAGAGAAAACUGGGAAACGCUCCUGCCGAGGUGGACGAGGAGGGAAAAGACAUAAACCCUCACAUCCCACAGUACAUUUCAUCAGUGCCAUGGUACAUUGAUCCAUCUAAAAGACCAACACUGAAACAUCAGAGGCCGCAGGCUGAGAAACAACAACAGUUUUCCACUAUUGGAGAGUGGUACAGGAGAGGUGUACAAGAGACUUCUAUUGUCACCAAAUUCCGAAAAGGAGCGUGUGAAAACUGUGGGGCAAUGACACACAAGAAGAAAGACUGCAUGGAGCGUCCAAGAAAAGUUGGUGCAAAGUUCACAGGCGCCGGCAUCGCUCCUGAUGAACACAGCCAAGUGAAUCUGGACCUGGACUAUGAUGGAAAACGGGAUCGCUGGAACGGCUACGACCCCGAGGAGCACCAGCGCAUUGUGGAGGAAUACGCCAAAGUUGAUCUGGCCAAAAGGACACUUAAAGCCCAUAAACUCCAGGAUGAGCUUGCAUCAGGAAAACUUGAUCAAAAUGAACGUGAACAUGACAGUGAAGGGGAGGAUGAAGACAAAUACGCAGAUGACAUAGACAUGCCCGGGCAGAACUUUGACUCAAAGCGAAGAAUCACUGUGAGGAAUCUGCGUAUCAGAGAAGACACAGCGAAAUACUUGAGGAAUAUGGAUCCAAACUCUGCCUACUACGACCCCAAGACUCGAUCUAUGAGAGAGAAUCCUUACUCCAACACUGGCAUGAACCCGGACGAAGUUGGAUAUGCAGGCGACAACUUUGCCCGUUACAGUGGAGACACGAUAACUAUGGCUCAAACACAGAUGUUCGCUUGGGAGGCCUAUGAGCGAGGUUCAGAGGUCCAUCUUCAGGCUGACCCCACAAAACUAGAGCUACUUCACAAAUCUUUCAAAGUUAAAAAGGAGGCUUUCAAAGAGCAGCAAAGGGAGAGCAUCCUGGAGAAGUACGGAGGCCAGGAGCACUUGGACGCUCCACCCCGGGAGCUGCUUUUGGCCCAAACUGAGGAUUAUGUGGAGUAUUCUCGUCAUGGAGCUGUGCUGAAGGGGCAGGAGAAGGCUGUGGCUCGCUCCAAGUACGAAGAGGACGUGCUCAUCAACAACCACUCUUGCAUUUGGGGUUCUUACUGGAAGGAUGGUUUCUGGGGAUACAAAUGCUGCCACUCUAUGGUCAAACAGAGCUACUGCACAGGAGACGCUGGAAUUACAGUGAACUCAGACUGCACCCCAUUCGACGAAAGUUUAACUGAGCUUCAGGAAGAAGAGCCGCCAAAGUCUCUGCUCGAGAUGCAUCGAGACAAAAUGGAGAAGGAGAAAAAGAAGAAGAAGAAAAAGAAGAAACAUGGCUCUGACGGCAGCGACUCUGAGGAGAAACUGAAGAAGGCUCUUGAAGCGGAGGACAAACGAGUGAAGCACGUCGAUGCCAUAUUGCAGCUGGAUGAGCGGAAAAGGCCCUACAACAGCCUGAUGGAGGUGAGGGCGCCCACAGAGGAGGAGAUAGAGGCCUUCCGCAUGAAACGCUCCCGACCCGACGACCCGAUGGCGUCUUUCCUGGGACAGUGACCUGCUCCUACAGAUAAAACACCUGUAAACUUCACCAGAACAAAACACACACGAGGAGAUACUGGUUCAGACCGUGAAGGCUCCAGCUCGUACACGCCUUCAGAACAUUUGUCACUGAAAUGUAAAUAACGUCUGAGUUUUAUCAGCUGAGAAGAAAAAUGUUUGUUUUUGUGGGAUUGACUCAUACAACUUCAGUAUUUUUAAUAAAACGCCCCCUUGAGGCCUUCUGCUGU